AUGUUCCCUUAAGUCAUCACGUGAACAUGUCUGUGGGCCAAUCACUUAAAAGCCGCCUGUGAUUUUUCGUCCUGUAAACAUCUGAGUGGUUAAUUCAGUAAUUCUGGACUCUGAAGGACUAAUGUCGGAUCAGUCUGAUUGGAUCCACCUGCUGCUGCUGCUGAUAUAAAACCAGGUCAUCAGAGACAGGCCUGCUUCAGACCAGGUGAGACUAAAGCCUCAGGCAUCAUGUCGGCUGUCAAAUCCGGAUCGUCUCUGCGGAGUCUGCUUCUGACCCCGGAGCGGAUCCCGCACUUCCUCAUCCCAUCCCGCAGUCCGCUCCUCACCCUCUCCCCGCGGCCAUACCGGCGCUCCCUGGAUCGGACCAGACUGCUGUCUGACCAUGAUGAGGACAGUCCAGGAGGGAGUCCCCCCGAGGUCCCACUCAGCCCCGCGGCCUCCCCUCGGUUCCUGCUCCGCCUGCCGCCGCGGAUCAAAGCUCCCCGCCGCGCUGCAGCGGCAGAGGAUGCGAAUGCGGACACAGACCUGACGACGCGCGCGGCAAUGUCUCUGCCGCACGUGGAGAAGGUGACCACGCCCUAUGGCUUCCGCGCUGUGCUGGCCGCAAGUCCGUGCACGCACCGGCGGGAGUCCAUGUUUCACCGGAACAAACCAGUGACCGUGGCGGUCACAGACAACGAACUGCAGGAUCCGGGUCUGAGGGACCCGUCAGACCCACCUCCCCUUCCCAGCAGGUCCCGGAUCUGUCUGCCGCCCAUUAAAGCUCUGGGUCUGCAGGUGAUGAGGGAGCUGAAGAGACCUGCAGCCUCUCUGAAGGCUCUGAGUCCCAGAGCCAGGAAGACCCGCUGACAUCGCAUGAAUGUAAUCACACCUGGCAGGUGGACCAGACUGUCAGUGCAGCAGGUCUGGUCACUGGGUUCAUAGAUUUUAAUGAAAUGUUUGAAAUAAAUUAUUUUUAUCGAAUCUUCGUGUGCUAAAUGACUGAAUCAUCCUAAGCAACAUGUGGCGGUUUCUAUGGUAACUGCAGACUCGCCUUCAUGAUACAAACUGUUCAAAAUAUCAGUUGAGCUGUGACCUUGUGGACAGGGGUGCUGUCUGUUCCCGCCUGAGACUGCAGCAGCUGAGCCGCAGGUCUGAGUGUUCUCUGCAGACUGGUGGUUCUGAUGAAGAGGGACAGACUGGGGUCUGGGGGACUCUGGACUAUAAUCUGACGACUUCACUGACAAGCUGCAGAGUCGUUGGUAAACACUUCCUGUUUCAGAGUCAUCACUGGUUUCAAACGUUUGCACUGUGGACUUGUUUGCUAAUUAAAAGUGAAAAUGUGUUUAACAUCAGGUUACCAAAAGAACUGAAGUAACAGCUGAUAAUAAAGUUCUGUG